AUGGUCCUCAUCUAUCACCUACUGCUAGUUGCUGUGAGCGGAUGUGUUAUGUUCGCUCAAGCAUCCAACGUUCUUAUCGGCUGCUACUCCUAUCCAAAUGCUCUUCAAGGACAGAGUAUGACUUUGCUGCCUGAUCCCAACAGUAGUUGUAUGUCAUAUUGUAAUGAAAGAAACCAAGUCUACUCAUAUGAUCAUAUUCAACCAUCAACCACUGGAACAGGCAAUGACAAUUAUUGCUAUUGUACCGCGACUGCUCCUUCACAAAGCUACAUGAUUGAUGAUGCACUCUGCCAAAACGGAGAUCCCACUACAGUAACAGUUUUCGCUAAUGUUCCAGGUCGACGUAUGACAGAUGGACUUGAUAGGACAUGUUGGGAUCUAGAUCCAGCACCACCACCCGAUGCGACUGUCAACACAGCUUUAGAAUGUAUGGCGAUAUGUCCAAGAUAUGCCAUAGUAGUAUAUCGAAAUAGGGACAGCUCUACCAACUGCUUUUGCGAAGGUUACAGAUGGUUUGAAGAAUUAGUACCCACGACAUGCAGAACAAAUGUUAUUUUCCCAUAUGAGAUGUGGAAUGAUCCUCCUGUAACCCCCUCUGCUUUCGUCAAAAGGCAAGAGAAAAGGAGAUUAGAGUUGGAGCAGGAUCAGAAGAGAGACGUCUGUCCAAGUAGAUUGACAGGUUGUAACGUGAUUGGAGGUGAUGAAUUGAGCUAUGAAUGCAUUGACACGGAAAACGAGCUGGAAGCUUGUGGCGGCUGCAUCAACGGCGAAUUUACGUUUGAACCUCCUAUUAAUACUACUUCUUCAUUGACCGGCAUUGACUGCACGUCUCUUCCUGGAGUGUCUGCGGACGGUGUAGCAUGUACGGGAGGUCAUUGCUUGAUAUAUGCUUGCGAAGACGGGUUCGAGCUUGAAGAAGGAGACUGUAUUCCCUUGUAA